AUGUACGAAGAGCAGGCUGUUAGGAGCCACGCCAACGCCAUAUUCAACGAAAUCAGGAACACGCCACUGGAAUCACUCAACACCCAGUCCUUCCGGAGCAGAAUCGCUGACGCCAUACGCGUUACCUCUGAAGGAACGGCAGACACCGAUCCGAGUGAAGAUCAGGGUCUGCAAAAGACGUUACGCAUUGUAGCGAAAUACAAUGUCCACUUCCUGCCACCGUGCAAUGUCCAGGACCAUGCAGGCCAGGCGACGGUGUACACAUUCGAUGGAUUCCCAGGUAUCGCAGCGCACAAUAUGGCUCAAACCACGUCAGGGCUCUACCUGGUGAGAAACUACCUCACGGAAGAGCAAUGUCAAAAGCUCAUGUGCCAGACUCUCACCGAAUACAUCAACGUAGGUGGCGGCGGUCCCAGCAUAAUCCGCACUCAGCCUCCUAACAACAGCAACAUCUACCAGAACGACGGAACUCUCUCCACACCCAUAUGGCCUUCCGCCAACUUCAAAAAACUCAGAUGGGCGACCAUCGGGCACAUGUACGAGUGGGUCACCCAAACACCGUUGCCGACGUUAUGCAGCUGGGGUACAAGAAGCUACCGGGGUUAUAGCACAUUCCCGGAGCCACUCGUCAAAAUAACGCAGUCGCUUUUAUCGCAUUUGAACCGAGAAUAUGUGCCAGACGCGGCAAUCAUCAACUGCUACACAAAGGGGUAUUUCCUACGCCUCCACAAGGACGAUGCAGAGGAAACUGAUGACACAGUGGUCAACAUCAGCCUCGGAGCCCCGGCAAUAUUCACCAUCGGCGGCCGCGACUACAGCACCAUCCCCGUGGCCAUGGUUGUUGACUCUGGGUCAGUUGUGCUCAUGGCUGAGGAUUCCAGGUUCUGUUUACACGGCGUAGUCAAGUUGCUGGGGUACAACAAACCCGGCCGUCACAAUUAUGACGCCGGGGAGACAAGUGAUGUGGGAGAAUUUGCCUAUGCUGCGCCUCGCCUAAACAUGGUCAUCCCGCAAUGUAGUGUCGACGCCACCGCAUCACUGGAAUGCGACCCGCAGUCCCUCGACCGCGUAAAAACGCUCUUCGCCGAUCACCGGGUGUCCAUAAGCAUCAGGCGCGCAAAAAGAUGA